AUGCGAUUCACCCGGUGCCUCUGGCCCAUAGCAGGGGCCCUGUCAGCAUGGUUGACGCUCGUUCCGGUUCAUGCGCGGUCGCAGGCAUCUGAAGCUAUUCGGCAGGUGACACCAAUUGAAAAUGCCAAUAUUCGAACGCCAAACCACCAAAUAGACCACCUGUCACAUUUUGAGCUCACAUUUGAACUUCGUCGGGACGGACAACGAGUCAAGCUAGAUCUGGAGCCCAACCACGACAUCCUCGCAGAUGAUGCUACCCUUUCGUACGUCGGCGCCGACGGUCUAUGGAAGAGUGAACCGAUUUACCGGCAUGAACAUAAAGUCUUUCGCGGCCAGGCCCUGCUGGGGUCGGGUCAGGGACGCUGGACGCCAGCUGGCUGGGCUCGGAUCACGUUGAGACAGGAUGGUUCCGAUCCUCUGUUCGAAGGCGCCUUCAGCAUCGAUCAGAACAAACACCACGUUGAGUUACAGUCGACAUAUCUGGCCAAGAAACGGCCGAUCGAUGUCGAUAUCGAAGUACGAGACACGGACUACAUGAUUGUCUACCGCGACACCGAUAUGCUCAAAUACAAUGAUGAGCUCAAGAAGCGGUCGCUGGACGACUCACGAGGCUGCGCGGCACAGCGGUUGGAAUACAAUGCGGAUUUGACAAACUCCAUCUUCCCAUACGGUUAUGAUCAGGAUCAGUCCAAGGGUGGGUGGGGAGUCACGCCCUUGAAUUCUUUGUUCGGACUCUCCAAGCGUCAAAAUGAUCUCGGCGGAGUAUCUGGCAAUACGGCAGGCGUGAACCUCAAAAACACAGUGGGCGAUACUUCCGGAUGUCCCAACACCAAAAAAGUCGCCCUUAUCGGAGUAUCCACCGACUGCGGAAUGACCAGUGUGUUCAAAUCCAACUCCACCCCAGAAGCAGCCGCCAAGGACUGGGUCAUCAAUAUCGUUAACACCGCGUCCAAUUUGUACGAACAGUCGUUCAAUGUAUCCAUCGGCCUGCGGAAUUUGACUGUCAAUCACGCGGAUUGUCCCACAACCUCCGACACUGCCACCCCGUGGAAUGUGGACUGCCAGAGCCAUAAUAUGAGUUGGCGGUUGAAUGAGUUCUCCAAGUGGCGGUCGAAGAACGCAGAUAGUAAUGCAUACUGGACGCUGAUGACUUCCUGCCCGACUGGCUCCGAGGUCGGCGUCGCCUGGAUGGGCCAGCUGUGCAGUACCGACCUUGUCGAAAGGUCGGGCAAUUCCGUGUCGGGUGCCAACGUCGUUGUUGGCAACCAAGGGUCUACUUGGCAGAUCUUUGCCCACGAGUCCGGACAUACCUUCGGUGCCGUACACGACUGUGACUCGCAGACAUGUGCUCAAAAUCUGCAAGACGCCUCUCAGUGUUGCCCUCUGUCAAAGACUACUUGUAAUGCCAAUGCUCAGUACAUCAUGAACCCGUACGCAGAUCCCAAAAUGACGACCUUCUCCCCAUGUACCAUUGGCAAUAUCUGCUCAGCGCUCGGUCUAAACAGUAUCAAAUCGAGCUGUCUUUCCGAUAAUCGAGGAGUGGUGACCUACACCGGAAGCCGGUGUGGUAAUGGUAUCGUGGAGCCGGGCGAAGAAUGUGACUGUGGUGGCGUGGAAGGCUGCGGAAAUAACUCUUGCUGUGACGCGAAGACUUGCAAAUUCAAGAAUAACGCUGUGUGCGACGACCACAAUGAUAGCUGCUGCACUAGCUGCCAAUUCUCCUCCGCGGAUACCGUCUGUCGAGCAAGCACGGGGUCCUGCGAUAUCGCCGAAACAUGCUCCGGAAACUCAAGCACUUGCCCGAACGACAAGUACAAGGACGAUGGCACUUCCUGCGGAAAUGGACUCAAAUGCGCCAGCGGUCAAUGUACCAGUCGUGAUUACCAAUGCCGUACGGUGAUGGGUACGCUUCUUCAAACCAACGAUACCUGGGCAUGUAGUAAUACUGCCGAACCCUCCUGCCAGAAAGUCUGCGGAGUGAACGGUGGAGUCGGGUCAUGGGCCAGCGGCACCUGUGUCAAUACUAUGCAGAACUUCCUAGAUGGCACGCCCUGUGAUUCCGGUGGCAAGUGCUACAACGGUCAAUGCAAGGGCUCUUCUGUCAAGGGUUGGAUCGAUGAUCACAAGAACCUCGUGAUUGGCGUCUGUGCGGGUGUAGGUGGUCUCAUCUUACUUGCCAUUCUCUUCUCCGGCAUCAAUCGAUGCCGCGCUGCCAGUGCCAGACGUCGCAUGGCCAAGAAUGCGCGAUCUCCCCCGACGAUGGGCCAAUAUCCCGGCCCGAUGCCCGGUUAUGGGCCUCCUCCUGCGCCCCCACGGGGUCCUCCGCAAAAUCAAUGGUAUGGCCAUCCGAAUGGCGGCUAUCCCAAUGGAGGAUACCCUGGUGGGGGCUACUCGCCCAACGCGUAUCAGAACGUGCCACCCCCUCGCUACUCGUGA